AUUUCAGUGUUGACGAUGAAAUCCGCGCUGAAUGCUGACUGAGAGUUAUUGCAAUUGUAUUUGUUGUAAAUCGAUGAUGUUUGUUUAAUAUUUAAUUAGUAUUAUUGUGGACAGGUGUUCUGGAUUUCGUGGAAAAGGUGUUUAAAAUACAGUAGGGGCAACAUUACAAAAACUUUAAAAUGUACGCUGUCGCCUCUUUUUUAACAAUAUUAAUUGUUUGUGCUACAUCCAGUGUUACAGCGUUAGAAGAUUUCAAUUCAACAAGUGACACCGUUUAUUUACCAAUAGUCAAUAAUAAUGGUGAAACUGUGUACGUUACGGAGGACCUGAUGAGGAAGCUCGAGGAUGAACUGGAGACGUGGCAUUGGACGCCGUGGCUGCGGACGAGGACCGAAGUGGCAGAGAAUAUUGUGAGAGAGGUCGAAUGUAUUACUGGUGAUUCAAUCGACAGUUUUCCUGAAGAUGCUUUCACAGAUGAUCAAUUAAGAAGUGGUGCAUUUCUACUCUACGUUUUAUUCGGAAUAUACGCGUUCACACUUUUGACGAUUGUAUGCAAUGAUUAUUUUAUUCCAUGCGUCGAAUUUAUAUGCGAGGAUUUGAAGAUACCGCAGAACGUUGCAGCUGCUACGUUUAUGUCGGUGGCAACAUCAUGUCCGGAAUUCUUCGUGAACGUGAUAUCAACUUUUCUUACUGAGUCCGACAUGGGUGUCGGGACAAUAGUCGGCUCGGCGAUAUUCAACGCUCUUGGUGUAGCGGCAAUUGGAGGUCUCGCUGCUAUAAGUCCAAUCACAAUUGACCGUCGUCCAGUAACGAGAGAUGUCAUCAUUUAUAUGUUCAACGUUGUCGCAUUGGUGAUAAUUGUUUGGGACGGUCGAGUAGAGUGGUACGAAGCGUUAGUUCUUGGCAUUUUAUACAUCACGUAUUUCAUUGUGAUGUUUAACAGUGUCAGGAUAUUCGCUUUAUACGAUUCAAUUAUUGAAAGAAAAAACCGGAACAAUAAUCAACAUAUCGUAACUAAUGAUAACAAAUCUUCAGUAGAAGGCAUUGAUAAUAAAGGCUUUAAUAACAGCGAAGUAGUUAUUAGUAAUAUACCCGAAAAGGUUGCUGUUAACGAGAAAGCUGAAGAGUUCGAGAAGCCUCCUAAGAGUGUUUGGAGGUAUCCAAAAGAAAAUUCCUUGGUGUAUAGAAUUUGGUGGGUGUACACUUGGCCACUCAAGUUAAUACUGGCGUUCACAAUACCUUUGCCCGCAAGAUAUAGGAAACUUUAUCCACUCUCCUUCAUCAUGUGUAUUGUGUGGAUUGGUGUUAAUUCUUACUUCGUGUCAUGGAGUAUGACUGUUAUUGGUCACACAUUCUUCAUACCGGAUUCUGUCAUGGGGAUGACGUUUUUGGCGUUUGGAGGAUGUCUUCCUGAGGCGUGUUCUAUAUUUAUAAUGUCAAGAAGAGGUGAAGGAGGGAUGGGUGUUUCUAACGCGUUGGGGGCUAAUUCUUUAGCUAUUCUCUUCGCUCUGGGUGUACCUUGGCUCAUCAAAACCUUAACAUUAGUAGGACAAGGAGCGGAAAGUAGUGCGGUUUACAUAAAUUCAGCUGGUAUUGGUUUCAUCGUAGGUUCUUUAUUAGUCGCAGUUACAGCGUUAUAUAUUACGUUAUUUAUUGGUAAGUUCCAACUGAGAAAAAGAAUUGGAGCUGUUUUAGUUGUACUUUACGCCAUCUUUAUAACAUUCGCUAUUUUAGUAGAGAUGGGUAUCAUCGUUGAUAAAGGUAUAGAAAUGUGUUAAUUAUUUAAGUCAGUAAUGGUUGUUUUCUGAGACCAAAAUCCUCGAACAAAACAUAUCGUCAUUACACUGAUUAUAUGACAAAACAGAGAAAACAAUAUGUUUUAUAAAGUAAUUUUGGUCUCAGAAGCCUACGGAAAGAAUGCCAUACUUGAAGCACUUCAAGCUAUCGGUAGAAUGAUCGUGGCUUGUCGCUUCUUUGUCCUUGUAUGGUAAUUAGAUAUAUUGGAAUUAUCAAGGACUGACAAGUUACAGUAACAAAUUAUCUAAGAGAUUUAAAGAAUUUACAAUGUUGCCGUUAAAUUUGAACCGACUGGAAAAUUGCAUACUGAACGUACGAUAUAUCGCUAGUAAUAUAUUCUUAAAACAUUCGGCGAUUGUUUAUAUAGAUAUACAGUCAGCUGCAAAAAGGCUGUAGCAGUCCAGAUAUGCAAAUAUGUAGGAACUCCUAAAGUAAUCAAUAAUAAAAGUACAACAAAAGUCUUCAAAUUAUUAGGUACAUUCACUCUGCAUAAACACAUCGGAAUGUGCACAUCGUCAAAUAUAUGAGUUCAUUCAAGGCUGCUACGGUCUUUUUGCAGCUGACUGUACAUAUAUGGAUCUUCCAAAGUGAAUUCUUUUUAUAUUCUCCAAGAGUGGACUAAAAUAACGCCUGCGACGUAAAUGUAUUUAUAAAGGAAAUUGUGUAGAUAUGUUAGUUAAUUUUCGUAGUCAAUUGUAGUCAAUUGUAGUCAAAGUAGUCACUAAGUUUAGUAGUUUUAGAAUAUUUUGUAUAGAUUAUUAUAUUUUAAGACAUUUCAUUCUGAAAUAUGUGAUAACUAUUUUAUGUAUAAAACACAUUAUUUAAUAUUUGUUUGUACAAAUUAGCUUAUGUUGUUCGUAAAAUUAUAUGAAAAUAGACCAGUGCUUAUUAAAGAAGUACAAAAAAUUCUUUAAAGAUUU